AUAGAAACUAAACGGAGCAAAUUAUCAGGAACGAGGGCAAAAUGGUAUCAACAACAGUGAUAAUAUAAAUCGCUAUAUAUUUCUUAAUGAUAAAGGCGACAAGUCAUUUUAGUCUGUGAGUGAAGACGUGAUAAAAGUAUAACGGUUUUCUGGAAUAAGAAAAGAGCUGAAGAAAAUGAAGCCCGUCAUCUGGCUAGCGGCAGCCGUAACCUUAGCUACCGCUUCUCCAAGUGGCUACUAUCGACAAGAAUACAAUUACCAAGCAUCAUCCUCUGCAUAUAAAAAUAACGAGCUGCAACACAAAACCGAUGACCAGGGAUACUACAGCAAGGCUGGAGAUCUCGAGGGCAGAACUAGACCCAAGGUUAGCUCAAACAGCGAACAUUCCGAGUAUAUAAACCCUAAAAUAUCCAGUGCAGGUUAUCAUGAUUCUGGAUUAGACUUAUCUUCCCAAGGAACCAUGUUGGCACAAGGCUACGGAGGCCAUGGAGGCUACGGAGGUUCACUCGGUGGUUCCAUCUCUACAGGUUACGGAUACGAUAAUGAACUUGGCUCUGAAGGUCUUGCUUCAUCCAAUUACAUUGGAGGAGUUUCAUCAGGCUCUUCUGGAUAUCAGGGUUCCUAUAGUUCGGGCUCCGACUAUUCCUCCUUCGAAUCAGCCAACUUACGUAGCAUUGCCAACCGAUUACAAAACGACCUGCAGCAUGAGAUUCAAUCAGCAAUGUUGGUCGAAUCACAUCAGGCCAAUAUCGCUGAGCUUGAAUCUGAGCUACGCAGGAAUUUGUCUGCCAGGCUUACAACUAUGUUAAAUGAUAGAUUCGGGCCUCAGGCUAUUAGAAGUGGUCAGUCGUACUCUUUGGUUUCUGGAAGAUUCGAAGCUAGACCAAACUACGAACAACAUGAACUGGAACAAUUGCAACGGCAGUUGGAGAAUAGUUUGAUGCAACAACUGCGCAGAGAGUACCAACAAAGGUCAAGCCAUCAUACGAGUUAUAAUCAGCAAAACUACGACCGAUAUGAGUCCACUACCACUUACAGACCAACUACUUAUAGAACAACAACAUAUAGAUCUGUGUAUCCUAACUUAAAUACCAUAACAACAGAAAACAAAUACAUGGGAGGAUACGGUGGAGGUAGUCAUCAUGAGAGCGUGCAUAGCUACAACUCUGAAUCAACAAAUGUCCAAUACACGCAAGCACCGAAUGUAAUAUCCAUAACUACUGUAGCCUCAAACGUUCAACGAGACCUAAAUGAGCAACUGAACAGGAUUCUGGACGAUGCCCGCAGACAAUAUUUUUCAGAAAACGCCAGAUUAAAUACAAUCAACACAGGAGCAAUACUAGAGCAGUUAAAGCAAGACUUAAGACAUAAUUUAACUUACACUUUGGAAGAGGAGUUAAGAAGACAUUUUGGCAAUCAAGUUCAAAGAAACGGCUAUAUGUUUAGCGUUGGUAGUGGUCAGCAACAAAAUCAGUAUAAUUACAACGUUGCUGACUUAGAAAAUCUUAAGAGGCAGGUCGAAGAGAAUUUGUUAACUAAGCUUGCAAGAGACUUUGAAUCUGCAAGGCAACACUGGGUAAGUCGACAACAACAGACUCAAACUCACCAAGAUCAAUACUACAGUGGUUCAUCCGGUUACAACUAUGGCGGAAGCUCUUCAAAUAUGAGAACAGAUUACGUAACACCUCGUCCAGUUCAUUGGGAUGUCGAUGACUACCAGCAGCCUACAGCUGCUUCUAUAGUGCCCUUGAUUAGUUCCGGAGUAAAAGGAGGUCACCAGUACUUUGGAGCAAGUGGUUCUCAGUACGCGGCAGGAUCGUCCAGUAGCAGCAGUAAUUAUGCUCAGUUGGAGAGGGAGUUGCAAUCUGACUUAAGUAAUCAACUGCAAGCUGCUUUAAGUCAGUAUGUUUCCCGCCAAGGACAAUAUUCCAGUGGAUACUCCGCUAGCCAACGUCAAGCCUCUAUGGAAGAAGCAUUUAGGAGACUGAAUGCAGAAUUACAAAGGAACCUAACUGAACAGUUGCAAAGCUUCCAAUCCGGUCACAGUGCCUACUCCGGCUCUUACGGCAGCUCAGUCAAUGACAACCAACUGGCACAAUUACGUAGUGAACUACAGAACAGUUUAGCUUCUCAGCUGCAGCAAGGUUUGCAACAGUCUUAUAGUGCCUCCGCGUCAUAUAGCGCGAGCAGCAGCUCUAGUUCUGGAAGUAGCGCCAGUGUUGGCGCCGGUGCAGGCUCGUAUAGUAGUGGUGGUGGUGGUGGAGGUUAUUACCGAGCAGCCAGAGGUUCAAACGAUUUCGAAUAUGGUCAGAUGGGAUUGGGAAGCGGAUAUCACGUGGAAGGUGACGGAUGUCAAGGAGAUAGUCCGUACCAUCACUAUAGAGGGAAAAGAAGUUACGGUUACAGAAGCAGACCUUUGGGUUUAUCCAGCCAUGCAGGUGUAGGUUACAAUUCGAGAGGAACUUACGGUGGAUAUUCAGGAAGACCCGUUGAUCAAGAUGCAGAAGUAAUUCAACCUAAUGCCAACACAAUUGGUCAAGAAGUUGAUGACUCAGAUACUCAACAAGUAGAAGUUGAUCCCGCUUUUGGUGUAAGCGUCGCCGUCACUGGAUCCGGACGAGAAACUGGACAAGAAGUGGAUGAGUCUGAUACCCAACAGUUAGAAAUUGAUCCAGGUUUUGAUGUAGAGGCAGGAGUUGGAUCUGUAAAUCCAUCAUCUGCCGGGAAAAUUGGAAAGGAUGCCAGUUUUGGUGCAGGAGCCGUAUUUACUGAAGUUAAUGGAAAUGUACAAAGCUCUAUUCCCUCUAGAAGCUACAGUUCGUCUUCCAGUUAUGGAAAUAGACAUCGUAGCCAAACAAGAAUUUCAGGUUAUGGAACUCACUAUAGCUCUGGUUAUGGAAAUGGUUUACAUGCUGGCCAGCAGCUGGACGAUUCCGAUACACAACAGAUUGAGACUGACUUCGGUGCCCCAUUGAGUAGCAAUUCGCAACUUACAACAGGAAGUCUUGGACACGUUGAGAGUUCAGUUCCUCCUAAGAGUUAUAGUUCGUCAACAAGCUAUGGACAUUCUUAUAGCUCAAUUCCUUCUAGGGCCCAAAGUUCAUCAACAAGCUACGGAGGUCUGUCGGGCUAUGGAUCUCCCUAUAGUUCUGGUCAUUCCGCAUAUUUUCAUAGACGCAAACCAGAACCCUCUACUAGCCCAGCUAAUAAAUUUACUGGACAAGAAAUCGAUGAUUUUGAUGAUACUCAACAAAUUAAAAUAGAUCAUGGCUUUGAUUCAACGGCAUUUUCUGGAACUGAUAAUGAAUUUAGUAGUCCAGGAACAUAUAGUCAAACUCGCCCAAGCAAAUACGGCUCAGGCCAAAGCAAUUACUACAAUAGGCGCCCAAAUUAUCAACCCUCAACAGGGCAUGAUGAUGAUGUAAGACCAGGACAAGGCCAAGAAGUAGAUAACAGCGAUACCCAACAAGUGGAAACUCCCAAUUUUGGGAUAAAGCCAAUAUCAGUCGGUACAGGGAUCCAGCAAGCCAGUGGUUCUCAAAUGACUCCUGUCAGUGAUAGAGGAAAGGUAAAUGGCAUACCAGACGAUUUAGUAUUACAAGGUACAGCUAACCCUGGAGGUGUGGAUAUAAAUAACCCCCAAGGUGGCUUUCCUCAAGGUAAUUUUCCGAGUGGACUAGAUAUACAAAAUCAGUUUAAACCUGGAAGUCUAGAUAUAGACUAUCUGCAAGGGCAAUUUUCUGGAAAUACCACACCCGCUUCCGAGACAGAUGAUUCAUUAAUUGCUCCAGCACUAAGACCAAUUUCUGAUUCUGAUCAGCGCGCUGAAUCCUUUUCUAGGCCAAGCAAAUCUACUACCACUAAACCUUACAUAACAUCAGCAGUUCCAACAUUUAAUACUAAUAAUUUCAACGUAUUUACCACUACCACGACAAGGCCAUUUUCAGUUCAAUAUGGUACUCAAAACCAACUGCCAGAACCAGAAAGCGUAUCACCUUUAAAUCCUUUACCUGUUUUUUCUUGGAAAACUUCGCCCAAGCCAAAGCCCAACUAUAGUAGCUUUGCAACAGGAAGUACACCUCUUCCAGGUAAACCAUUAGUCUCCUUAGAUCAAAUAGGAAUUACUUCCACAACCCCUUAUUCAGUAAAUAUUCCUAACGUGGUCGUAACUGGACAAGAUCAAUUCCCCCUUUCUACUCCUGGUCGAGAAGUGGGAUCAACCCCAAGCAAUAAAGUGGUGGGGAGUGUGGUUCUUAUAGAUGAGCUGUCAUUACCACGCGUACAACUACCUUACAAACUAACUGAGGUUUCUAAUAAAAUUGAGGAGAAAUUAACAGGCACUGUUAAGCAUUUCGUAGAAAAAACCUUCACUUCAGAUAACAGGUUACCGAACGACUUUCAACCCAGUUACGACCAAACUCUGUACAAUUUACGAACAAGCAUCAGAGCCGCUUGUGAAAAGAUCUUAAAAGAUAGAACCUACUCUUAUUUGAAUGUACGUGAAACUGAGGUUGAUCUAAUGGUACAAUAUUUAGAAAGAAAACUUAUAACAGUGUUGAAUAAAGAGUACCAAUCAUGGAUUAACGUGGUUAGUUAUAUUCCGAUAACUCCCUUUGUAGACUCUACUCCAAAAAAACCGUCAUCUUCAUCCUUUAUUCAGCAAGAAAUUGGAGCAGAAAUAGAAAAUUCUCAACCUGGACAGUUUAGUGUUAGGCCAAUUGUUCCAAUUCAGCAAGAAAUUGAAGCUGGUUUACCAAAUUCUCAACCAGGACAGUUUACUAAUGGACCAAAGAUACCAGUUAAGCAAGAAAUUGGAGCGGCUGUACCGAAUCCGCAGCCAGAACAGUUUACUAUUAGGCCAAAUAUACCAGUUCAGCAAGAAAUUGGAGCUGGAGUGCAAAAUUUACAACCGGGACAAUUUACUAAUAGCCCAAGUAUGUCAAGUGCAAUCUCACCAAGGCCUGUGGAGACAGUUACUUUAAAAGAUCUAACACCAGAGCAGUUCCAGCUGAUAAAUGAUGUUGUAUCUCAUUUCUCAAAUAACAUACAGGCAGUAGAGCAAGAAAUUUCCUUUGACAAGACGUUGGAUUAUGCUUCAAAGUACCAGCUGUAUCAAACAAGCCUAAGAAAAUUAGAAGCUGAACUGAGAGCAGAGAUUUCAAAUUUCAAGCAAGGAAAUAUGGAAAAUACACCUACUAAUGCAGCUUUACAACAGUAUUAUACUUUGAUUGCAAAACAGUUCCCUGCACAAAAAAUUGAUGAUGUAUAUAAAUAUGUGGAGAUUAAACUGAUUAAGAAUUUAAGAGAGGAACUAAAAAGAACUUUUGGUAUUGAAGAAUCUUCGGUCUCAGAAGUCAAUGUACCAACUUUUAAUUCUGACAAUUACAGGAAAAGAUUGGAAGAAGCUGAGAGGGAAGCUGAUGCACUCAUACAAAAAUUAAGAGAUUCAAUUAAUAAUAAAAGAAGAAAUGGUAUUCGUGAUAACACUGAUCGAAGCAAUCCUAGAUAUGAAGUUAUUCAAGUAACUUUAGAAGACCUUAACCCUGAACAGUUUCAGCUUAUUAAUGACGUCGUAGCUCAUUUUACGAACAAUUUGCAAGUCGUGGAAGGUGAAAUUACUUAUGAUAAAACAUUAGACUAUACGUCAAGGUAUCAGCUCUAUCAACAGAAUCUGAAGAAACUAGAAGCAGAUCUCAGUAAAGAAUUAUCCAACUUUAAAAAUGGGAAAAUCGAUGAUAUUCCCGCAAAUACCGCUCUGCAGCACUACUUUAUUCUUAUUAAUGAAAAGUUUUCUAAAGAAAAAAUACCCGAUGUUUACAAAUAUCUAGAGAUUAAAUUGAUCAAGAGUUUAAGAGCGGAUCUUAGGAAAGUAUACCAUAUAGAAGAACCACUGGAUUCAGAAGAGAGCACUUCAAAAAUUGUAGUGCCACAAGAGCAACGUCCACAUCCUGUACAAACUGAACGAAGGGUCGUUAAACUGGAAAAUCUCACCCCUGUUCAAAACCAAUUGGUUAAUAAAGCUGAAGAGGACUUCUCUAGCUUUAUUGAUAAAGCUGUUAGGAAUAUCUAUGUUACAACUAGUUUAGAUCACGUUUCAAGAUAUGAAGUUUAUCAGAAUACCUUAAAACAAUUAGAGACGGAGCUGAAAAAUAACGUUUCUAGUUGCAUUUAUGGAACAUUCAGCUUAGAUGAAAGCAAUGAUGAAUUAUUAAAGUUAUCAGGUCUAGUAUCCAAGAAUUUCCCUCCCGAAAAGUUGGCUAAUUUGGAAGAAUAUUUGAUCGUUAAACUAAGAAAUGUCUUAAGGGCUCAACUGAGAAAAGUGUAUCAGCUUGAGAACUCAGAAAGCACUUACGAAUAUGAAAGCACUUCCACACAUUUUAAACCUUCCAAGCAGGAACAACAUGUUGUAAGAUUAGAAAACAUUACGCCUGCGCAACUUAAAAUAAUUAGACAAAUCGAAGAAGAUACGAGUAAAAAUAUUGAGGAGACAGUCAAGUUGAGGAAAGGAUCCCUGACUGAAAAUAAUUUAUCUGCGUUUGAGUACCAACAAGCGUUAGACGUACUUGAGGAGGAUUUGAAAAAUAACAUCACAGUUACUAUACACAGUAUUGGCGAACCAGGACAAAAUCAAUACUCGGAAGUUGUAGCGAACAACUUUAAGCCAAACCAAAUUCCUGAUUUAGUAAAAUAUCUACAAAUUCGUCUUAUGAACAAACUGACACGGUAUAUACAUUUUUCUGAACAUGUAAUUUCAAGUUCCUUUUCAGGUUCGUCUGCUUUCGAUUCCAGUCAUUUGCUUGGACAACAGGGAUUUAAUUCUCAAAUGUCCUCCUCCCAAAUAAUCCCAACCAUAAAUAAUCAAUUUGACUCAGGGAACAAUGAAGGUUCUGCCGUAUUCGGUACGUCUGCCGGUGUUCCCUCUGUAUCAGUCCAAGGCUCUGUAAAAGGAGGAAAAGCUCCAGAAAAUGAAGUUUUUCAAGUUGCUUUUGUUAGAGGUCUUAACGUUGAUGAAACUGUAGGAGUUUCACCAACUGAUGACAGUAAUUUGGACGAUACAACCGAGCCAACCACACCCGCGGAGGGUUGGUGGUCACGAAUGGGAAAAAAAGUGAAGCAGGGAGCGUCUAAAUUGAAACAAAAAAUUAUUGGUUCAUCUUAGGAACAAAGACUUUUUAUUUUUUCCUCCGUGUCUUUUACGGAAACGUUUGUUGUAUCUACACUUAUAACGUUUAGAUGCAAUUUUUAUAUAUUGUGUACAAAGUGGAUAGCUAUUAGUGGAAUAAUUUUUGUUUAUUAAUAAUUACUUUUUUAUUUUACGUGCAAAAAGUAAUGUCAUGUACAUGAAUAGGUUAUUCCUAUAUAUUUUAGGUAUUUUGGGCACUAUUUACUUGAAAAUAUACUCUAUCCUGCAA